GCCGGCUACACUACAGCCCUGUCAGUCCAUCUCCUGCUCUCUGAGAUCUUGUUUAACAGGGCCCCUCUUGGUCCUGAGACCAUUCUAAAGGGGUAGGUGGAGUCAUCUUUCUCUUGUGCACCUGACCUGAGUUGGGUUACUCUUGUAAGGCAUUGCCUCCAUCUGGUCUCUUUGCUGGUAGUACCUCCAUAGUCCUGGAGCUCUCCGAAUCAACCCGAAUCUAAUCCCGAGACCUUAAAGUCUCCUGCUUUGGCAUCAAAGUUGUGCUUCAGGUCUCUUCUUCACCCAAUAUCCACUUCUUCGACUUCUUCCAUGGAUCAUUCGAAGUACCGCAUGGCUGGUGUGCAAGACAAACUGGAGGUACUGGGGGUGGAGGAUGAAGCGGGCAACCCCAUCAGCGCCCUGACCAUCCUGUCGCUUCUGGAGCGCGUGGCGGGCAUCAUCGACAACGUGCAGUCUGGCCAACAGCGCAUGGAGGAGCGGCAGCUGGAGCUCGAGACCAAUAUCAAGACCAUCCAGGGAGACGUCCUGAAGUUGUCCAAGGACCACACCGCCACCAGUGGCACCGUGGAGAAGCUGCUCCAGAAGACACGCAAGGUCAGCUCCAACGUCAAGGAGGUGCGCUCUCGCGUGGAGAAGCAGAACACGCGUGUGAAGAAGGUGGAGACCACACAGGACGAGCUGCUGACCCGGAACAAGUUCCGUGUCGUCAUUUAUCAGGGUGAACAUGAGAUCCCUUCGGUGGCAGUGACAAAGACCCCGAAAGGAGCGGUUGGUCUGGAGGGGCUGGUGAUCGAACCGGACACCUACGAUGUCCCCGCGGACAUCUCCUCAGACGAGGAGUACAUGACGGUGGAUGAGUCUGAAGGAGGCUCCAGAACCGCUCGCCUGAAGGCGUCAGGCAUGAAGGGCAUUGAAAGCAUCAAACACGCCUUCUCCAAGGAGACCAUGACCAAGACCAAGGACAACCUGGGCACAAAGUUCCACAACAUCGGCGAGAAAAUGGUGCCCCCCGAGAGACGGGAGAAGAUGCACCAGGCCGGUGAGCGCAUCAAGCAAUCCGGCGAGAAGCUGAAGGAGAACAUCGCCAAGAAGGCCCCGACCAAGGAGUCCUUCCGCAUCAAGCUGAAGAAGGAGAGGACCGUGGCAGAGGGCCAGGAAGGUGCAGAGGCAGCGGGGGACGUAGAUGAGGCUGUGACCCCAGUCAAGGGCAGGAAAAGCCCACAAGUCAGCAAAACCCCUGAAGUCACGUACACAGAAGUGGUAACGGAGAAGGAAACCAAGAGAGAGGGCCCGGUGGAUUUAUCUGCCGCCAUCCGGAUAGGGGAGGAGGGGAAAUUCACAGUGGAGGCAGUGGAAGAGGGCAAGGAGGACGAAUACAACAGGAAGUAGAUCUCCAGCAUGUGGCCGCAACGCAACGUCACCAAGCAGGAAGUGAAGCGGGAUAGGAAGAGAGCUUGUGGUGCCCUGCAAAAGAGAUGUGAUGAAUCAACAUGGAUGACAGACAAUUUACUCAAUCAAUCUGUAUUCAGGAGAUACUUGUGUUUUCUAUAGACACAAAACUCCAGUAACUACAAACGAGUAGAAAACGUUCUGUGACCUGGUAUUAUAUAAAGAUUAAGUUUCAGGGGUUUCAGAUGCUGAUCAGUAUGAGACCAUACCAUCGAAAUUGCCUGUUACUACUUUUUACUUUGGAAUGAUUUCAUAUUUGGAUGUGUUGUUAUUUUCAUGGAAACAUUCACACACAAAGAGAAAGGUAAAGAUUGGAAAUUUGGAAUAUGGAAAAAUAUUUAAAAAAUGGUAUGAAUUCAGUUCUGAGGGUUUUUGCGCAAACACAUUCACAUUGGGCACAUUAGAAACAAAUAUACUUAAACUGGUACGCUGAGUAUUCAGUGUUUACUGACAUUAAAAUUUAAGACACAUUAAAUAAUUGUACCAAGACCUGUGUUUUUUAACCGACCAAGAAACAAUGCUGGUUAGUAAGGAAUUGAUAGAAACAAUGUUUUUCUAACAGGGGGAAAGGAAAAAAGAUUCUGAAUGUUGAGGCAGUUUGUUUAGGAUAUUAAUCUUAAAUCUGAAUGAAUAAUGUUGUACAUAGAAUAACCAUAAUCAUGAAAUUGUCCAACAGUCUCAGAAGACAGUCUCUGUACAUAUAAAUGCUAUGUAAACAUGAAAAGACUGGACGUGGUAUUGUCAAUUUGGUUUCAGUAGGUUCUAUGGUAAGGUUACAGAGACAAUGCAGUUGGUUAGAAUAGACGCAGAUAACUACGGCAUUAUCAAGCUGACAUGUUGUUAUAAUAAAUUAUGUUGAAUCAAAAUGUAAGCAUAUGGGGCGAUGUCCAUAACUAGUAAGGCUUGAAUUUGCAUGCACAGUGUUUUCAAAGUCCAAAAAUCUGUCAACCCCCCCCCCAAAAAGGUUAAACAUUUUAUAACAAAAGGUUAUGCAAAGGUUGGGAGUUAACAGUCAUAUACUAUGUUCUAUGAAUGUAACUUCAGUGUUCUGAUUAUGAAAUAUUUGUUAUGCAUAUGAAUGUUUAGUGUACUAGUGUUAAUAUAUGUAAACUUAUAUACUUGUGGAAAGUAUAAAGUAAUGUACAUUUCUUUAUGUGUGUAUGUAACAUUAAUCGCACUAGCGUUUUAAACACUGAUUAGAUUUUGUGCAAUAAUAUGAGUCUGAAAAUAUACCUGUACCUGACAACAAUGUCAUAUUUCACAGUAGUUUCACAGUCAUUUCUCAAUACAGUUUACAGUAUGUACAGUAUAUGCCCUUCGCCUGUUUAGAGCUUCAUUGCAUACAUUUUUUUAUGAAAUACUAAUUGCAACAAACCUGUUCAAAAGGCAAUGCACAAGUCUUAUUCCACUGUGCUCAGAUACCUGUAAGCUACCUACAGUUGACCUACAGUAAUUCACGUCUACCAGAAAGAAAUGUGUUAAGAAUAGCCUGCUGCAAUGGUUUAAGCCCCCAAAAUCUAUGUAAAUGAGAUGUAUAGGUAGCUUAGAAGUGGACGUGGACCUUGUUAGUUCACAGGGAAGUGUGUCAAUAGUGUGUGUCUGGCAUAGGAAAUACAAAUGUGUAAUCAUUUAUUUGCUAAACCUUCUGCCAAACAUACUUACAAUAAGCCUCACCCAUUUAAUUGUAGACAUUUUAUUUCUGCGUUUGUUAUCUGUUUAAAGGACAGGUAUAAGAUGGAAAGAUAUUAUUUUAUUUUAUAUGGAAAUGUAUAUGGAAAGUGUGUAACUAAGCAAUUUUAGUAGUUUGUAUUCUGAAUCAUGUAACCUCUAAUUUAACACAGAUUCAGUAAUAGUCCAUGUAUUGUGUUGAAGGAAAUGGCAAAUAUAUCUCUAAUCAUCUCUCCCAUUUCAUUUCAAUAGUGCAGUGGUUUGAUGAUAGGUUUUGUGUUGAACGGCUAUGGUUCAUUGAUGCAAAACAAGAAUUGUAAUUUAAAUGCAUUGUGAAAUGUGGAAGCAGCAUUAUAGAUCAUAAUUGUUUUAUUUUGGUGUCAAAUAUGUUUUACAUGGAAGCAUAGCAAUCAAGCAUACAAUCAAAUACAAGUAAUUGUUUUCUUUUUGUAUGAAUAAAGGACUAAUGCCGCAA